AUGCCGGCCUCAUCGCGUGGCCCUCUUUUCGUUUGGGCUUGUUUACCUGAUCAACCCGAUUUGGCUAGAGUGUACACCGUUUUGGCUGGAAUCGGUUGUGAUAAUAUUUCAUUUGUGUCGGAUUUGGCUCGAAUCCCGCUCACAUUACCUCGAGAAGAUUCACCGAUUAAUGAAGGAAAAGAGCAAAUGAUAUUAAAUGGAGAAAUGCUGGGAAAAGAAAUGAAUGAUGGGCAGAGAGGUGGAGGGAUGAGGCCAGCGAGUAGUCACACGGUUAGUGACUCGUCAUGUUCUCGAAGUAUCACUCCUCCAUCGUCAACAAACGAUAAUCCACCACAUCGACAACCAUCACCAAUCAAGAGCGAACCAUCAGAUGAUGUUGAUGUGAAUGACGAGGUUGAUAUCACUCUUGCUUCUCCACAAAUUGAUGAUGACGAUAGUGAGCCAGAGAAAAUGCCGUUGAAUCUUCAUGCGAUCGCUUCUUUUCUCUCAAAUCAACAUGCUCAACACCAAGCCGCAGCAUCGAUCCUUCGAGCAAUGACACCAAAAGAAGAGAUUCCACAAAUCAAUGCAAUGACGCCACAGUCAGAAGCCGGUCCAUCAGUUGAUCUCUCAUUUCUUCGAAAUGUUCCCUCAUCAGAAGGAAAGGAAAAAAGUGUCACUUGCCAGAUAUGUGAGAAAUCGUUUUCCCGAAAUGCUCGAAAUGUCUCCCGGCAUGCUGCUACGCAUUUCCCUCGAGCUGCUGCCAGGUACACUUGCGGGAAAUGUGGCGAGGCUUUUGGACGAAAUGAUCGAGCGAAAUACCAUGUGGACACGAAACACGCGGGAAGAGCCGACUUGCAUGAUAAAGCAAAAGACUCCGAGUACUCAGAGGAAUGGGUGAAAGCCGUCAAGCAGUGUUUCCCCGGAUUCGACUUCUCACCCAGGGACACCCACGCGAGGACACCGAGUAGUGUUGCUGAUGCGGAGAUGGUGGCCGUUUCGCUCGUUUCUACAACAAAUGGCGUUGUUGGAGCGCUUCGUGGAAUGUCAACACCGAAAGGGAAUAGUGGAGAGGUCCAUUGUACGCUCUGCUCGUGGACCCUUUUCCAAAGCUCGCCCACAUCGCAAGCUGUCGAACAUGCCGUCAGUCAUUGCCCACCACAGUAUACUUGUUCCCAAUGCGGUGAACAAGCGGAGAAGAAAGCCGCGCUCGAGUCCCACAUCUCGUCUCGACAUCACGGAAAUGCGCAACUCAUCGAUUCAAGCACUAAGGGUGAGCCUCAAUUACGCGAAUUGGCACUGAUGUGUUUCCCAUCACGAGCCAACGAUAUGGAUAAAGCUUUCGAGGAACGCGCGAAGACUGUCUCAAAGAAGAGAAGAAUCGAUUCACUGAUUGAGAGCAAGAAAAAAGUGAUGAAGGCUGGC